GAAUCGAAGUUGUAAAGGAGGCGAUAAGAAAAUUACGCUUUUCUCAGCAACUGCGUAAAAGUGAAAAUGGAGGAAAAACUCGUAAAGUUGAGUUGACGAUUAGCGUAGAUGGCGUUGCCAUACAGGAACCCAGAACGCACAUCAUCCUUCAUCAGUUCCCUUUGCACAGGAUUUCGUAUUGUGCCGAUGAUAAGGGAGAAAAGAAAUUUUUCUCGUUUAUCGCAAAACAACAACAAAAUCAAGAGAACGAUCAGGAAGAUAAGCACGAAUGUUUUGUAUUUAUAUCGGAUAAACUGGCGGAAGAAAUAACUUUAACGAUAGGCCAGGCGUUUGAAUUGGCUUACAAAAGGUUUCUUGAGACGUCGGGUCGCGACCUGGAGAGUCAGCGAAGGGCCAUGUUGACCCAACAGAAAAUAAAACGUCUCGAACAAGAAAACAACAUUUACAAAUUGAGGCUCCUGGAACUGUCGCAGUUUAAUAGUAUUAAACAUGAUCUGGACCAGUAUUUAAGGAAAAAGGAAAUCAAAAACAUUUUAGAGAUUCAGUUAGACAGUAACUUAAACAUUAAUAACGGCCAUACGGUCUAUAAUUCAGCUUCCUCGGGGACCAACAAUAACGAAAAUAAUACGAUAGACCUUAUCAGUACUGAUAAUAAUACUAAUGGGAAUUUGGCUCCACCGGUUCCUCCAAGACAAUUCGACAACGUUCCGUCAGUCGGUACGAAACUGGAAGGUCUACUUCUAGGUGAAUUGGAUCAGGACGAUGACGAUGAUGAUUUCGACCCUAGGUCUUACGAAAGCCAAAAUAAUACAUUCCAAAACACUCAUAAUAGUAGCAGUAAUGUAAAUAAUGGUACCGAAAGAAGUCCGCCUCCUUUACUGGCUCCUCCACCAAAAGCGGCGAGGCGUUUAAAUAUAACUAAUAAUAACAAUAAUUUAAUCGAGCAACCGCAAAAAACGUUCGGUCAGGAUCUGUUUGGGGUUCCUGCUUUUGGUUUACAGUCUGGAAUGACUUCACCUCCUACCAGUAUUACCAGUGCAAAGAUUUUGGACCCUUUCGAAAUGGGCGAUUUUGGUUCAGCUGCUACACCCCAAGACAUCGAGAAUGCGAUCGGGUUGUUGGAUAAAAGGAUUUUGGAAAUGAAGACUGGGUUUUGUCGCGGAAUAAGUUUCGGGAAUGAUGAUUUUUCUCUGGAAAGUUUGGAUCCAUUAAAAAAUUGAAUGGAAAAGAGGUCGCGAAUUAAACGAAAAAAAAGCUUCUUUUUUUAAUAAGAAAAUGAGUACGAAUCUCUAGUGAUAAUGUCCUAGAUCAAAAAGUAUUGUAACGAUAAGUGAAAAAACAAUAAUUAGGGAUAAGUGUCUAUUUUUAGAUGUAUUUUAUAUACAUAUGUUAUAACUUCUAUUUAAUUGCUUUAUUUUUGUUUCAAA